GAGUACUGGUCUCAGGCCAACGCCGACAUCAAGCCUGCUUGCAUCUUCUUUCCGGGUUCCGCGCAGGAGGUUUCGUUUGCGGUCAAGGUUUUGAACAACUAUACGAGCGUUCCUUGGACUGUCAAAGGCGCUGGACACAAUCCGAACGUCCAAUUCUCGAGCGUCCAAGAUGGCAUCCUCAUCUCGUUGGAGGCUAACAUGAAAUACACUACUCUCGACCGCAGAAACAUUGCUCACGUCGGCGCUGGCUGUCGAUGGACCGAUGUGGCCAAGGUUCUCGACAUAUCCAGUCGGGCAGUCGUGUCGGGACGUCUUGGUGUCGUUGGUGUGCCGGGCUUGACCAUGGGAGGAGGCCUCAGCUUUCUCAGUGCUGAACGUGGAAUGACCGCGGACAACGUCGAGAGCUAUCAGGUUGUCACCGCUGCCGGUGAGAUCGUCGAGGCGAGUAAGACUGAGAACUCUGAUCUUUGGUAUGCGAUGAAAGGUGGUGGUGGUCAAUUCGGUAUUGUGACCGAGUUCAGAAUGGCGACGUACCCGAUCGGCUUGGUCUGGGGUGGAUACAAGAUCUUCUCCAUGUCACAAAAAGAGAAGGUGAUCAAUGCGACCCACAAUCUCGUCGGCAACUACUACGACACAAAGGCAGCGGUCAUUGUGACCUACACUUCGACUCUCGACUCUCUGCUCGACAUCUUUGUUGUUUUCUUCUUCUACAACGCUCCCGACGGCCCAGGAGAGAUCCUGAACGAGUUCAACUCCAUACCCGCUCUUGUGGACGGCACAAAGCCACGCCAAACAUACGGUCAACUCCUCGACUCCAACAGCCAGUUUUCCCUGCCCGGCCAACGCUACCUGAUCCGCACCGGCACCCUCCCCAAUCUGCCAGGCUCACAAGGCAUCGACCUAUACACCCAAGCCUUCGACAGCUACUUCGCCGCCGGCAAAAAAGCUCAACUCGAAACCAUCGACAAUUUCAUCUUCAGCAUGGCCUUCCAACCAAUCCCACACCAACUCCAAGCCAACUCGGUCAACAAUCCCAACGGCGUGAACCUCCUCGGCUUCAACCCUGAUCACGGCGAUAAAGUCAUUAUGGAAUAUGACGUGUCGUGGCUGUCAGCUCUCACGGAUAAGAAGGCUGCCGCGUAUCUCACCGCAGCGACGGAGCCGGCGCAGCAGUAUGCGAAGAGCAAGUAUGCUGGUGUCAAGCCGACGAAUUACAAGAGUGGGGAUUUGAACACGAUCCCGUAUAACCCGAUUUUUAUGAACGAUGCGAUGUAUAAUCAGGAUCCGUUGAGGUCGUAUGGAGCUGCGACGUAUGACCGGCUGAAGCAGAUUCAGAGGGAGAGGGAUCCGAAUGGGUUGUUCUCAAAGAGGGCGGGUGGGUUUAAGUUU